AUGCCAGCAACAUUAAAAGCAAAGAAUGUCCCACAUUUUAUCCUGAAAACUGGGGCAAUGGCAGCAGUUAAUGAUAGUCUAUGGGUCGAAGAACGUGUUGAAAAUGUUUUAUGUUGGUGCGUUAUUGAUACCGGUUCGAAUAUUACAAUCGUGCGUUCAGAUGUUCUAAAGGAAGCUGGGACUAAUGUUCAAAUAAAUCCAGUUGAAAGCUGUUUGAAAACGGUGACUGGGGAGACCGCGCCUGUAAUUGGACGGGCAAGACUUCGUUUCCAAAUAGGAAAAUUUGAAGCUUGGCAAGAGGCUUGGGUGGCAGAAAUUGUGGACCCAUGUAUUGUUGGGCUGAACUACUUAAUUGGGCAUCAUUCUCAAGUGGACAUCGCUGGAACUACGUUAAAAGUCGAACGUCAGUCCAUUCCGUUAUGUCGCGCAACUGUUCAUAGAGAUCGACCUUGUUGUCGAAUUGUGGCGACCGAAAAAGCAGUUAUUCCGCCGCGAAGUGAAUCCGUUAUACGUGGGUCUUUAACUGAAGAAGUUGCUUCAUCGUGGGGAAGUGUGGAGCCGAUUAAGUCAGCAAAUGCACCUCGAGAUGUUCUGGCUGCUGGGACUUCGCUGAAUUUGCGGUGUCCUACAAGUCUUCCCGUCAGAAUCAUGAAUUUAUCCGAUAACGCGCGGCGUAUAAUAAAAGGAAAACAUGUGGCUAACUUUGAGCCUGUGGAGUACGCCAUAGAUGAAGAGUUGGGAAGCAGACGCACAGACUACGAAGAGUCGGAAGCGAGUGACGUGCCUGCGCAUCUAGUUGACCUAUACGAACGCAGCAAGAGUAAUCUUAGUGAGGAGCAAUCUAAGCAGUUGAAGAACCUACUUGUUGAGUAUCAAGACGUGUUUUCGCGGAACAAGAAUGAUUUGGGUCGUACUGGACUAACGAAGCACAAGAUUGAUGUUUCUGACUGUGAACCAAUUCGCCAACGACCGCGAGUUCCGCCCCCUGGCAAAACGUGA